GCUAUCUUCUACUAUACCUUUAGAUCACGCGUAGCUAUCAUCCCUAGGCCACGGCCUGGGAGACUGACGGGCCGGACGCCCGUCGCCUUGACCUUGAGCUUCUUGAUCCAUUUAGCGAAGCCCUCUGGAGUGUCCAUUGCAGCGACGAGGCGCAAGAGCCGCUCGGGAUGCUUCCGUAUCAAAUCACACUAGACCAUGUGGUUACAGCAAACAGGCAAACAAACAAAGAGCGGUCGCGUCACCCCACAGAGGAGAAGCGGGGGAAAUCCUAGUAAUUGCUUUUUUGUCUUUUUUUAAUCGCGCGCAUCACUGCCAAAGCAGCCCUGUAAGACAAUGUGUAAUCAUUUUCUUCUUCUUUUCCGUCUGACUUCCAGGUAAAGAGGUUUACGUGCAUAGACCGGGUGAUUAUUGUCCUGUUCGGCCGGAAAUAAUGUAGCAUGCGACCGCCACCCGCUAGUUCCCUCUGGCGCGAUGGUAAAUCUUCUUGGCGGUGCGGCAAAACAAGCCGCUUCUAAGCCGCAAGAACGCCAACUAUCAUCAUCCUCGGUGUAUCGUUAUCAAAGAACGACGAAACGUUGCUUGGAUCCUAUGUUUCGUAUUUGUAAACAAGAAGAGCCAUUCUUCGUCAAUAAAACACUUUUCUCCGCUGUGGAUAGCAUACCAGGCUCGCGCAAAGCCCGCUGACAAUGGCGAGAUCAACCCCCCGCAGCCCCCAUUGGGUCGCUGUGUGCACAUGGGCCUUAGCUGCUUCGCAAAAGUUCCGAUCCGUAGCCUCGGGCGCCACAUUUUGUUCAAACGUCCGUACAAACAAGUUCUAGGUGCUGGGGCGCCCCCGCUCGUACAGGUCCUUUUGUCGACGCUGGUUUCCUAAUUGGUCCCUCCCUAAUUGCUCGUUUGGCAGCACGCAACAAGGCAUUGAAUGCGAACGGAGCUGUAAUAAGGAUCCUGGAGCUCCUGUAUAGCAUCUACUACGGCUUGCCAUUGGGCGCCCGCCAAGGCGAUACCCGCUAUGGCACAACGGCGCGUGGGCGUGGCAUCAUUGCCAAAAGGGCUGAGGUCGCGAUAUUUGCUCUGUAAUUGAUGGUGUGCAGUUACCCAAGGUUUGUGUGCCCCGGUGACCUGUACGCUAGCAGCCACUAUCAGUCCUGUGCAGCAUAGGGAGGACGCUAUCCCAGAGUUGGGAGGCGGUUACCCGCAUGCAGAUCAGCCUUUAAGACCAAUGCGACCCUGCCUCUUCCCCCUCCGCGGUCCCUGUCCGACCAGAGUUUCGCUAGACGGAAACUGGUGGUAACAAACCAAUUUCCCCUAAGGCGCAUUCUUUUUCCUUCUUCAUCUUCUCGCGUAGUCGAGCUUCCCUUUUGCUCCAUCACAUUUUGGUGAAUUGGGGAUAUUCUGCAUCGCCAUGGCUGUUAUUGAACCCCUUAGUCCCGGUCCCACUGGGUCCGACUCGGACAUCACUGUUGAAAAGCAGGCAGCUAUUGCGGACACAAAAGAAAUCACCCCAGUCUCUUCUUCAGAGGAUUCAGAGGCCGAGGUCAUCAUCAACACGGGUGAGCUUGCAGCCAAGCACUUGCUGCCCCUGCGCGAUGAUGGUGAAGCGGCCUUGACCUUCCGAUCCGUUUUCCUGGCAUCUGGUCUGUCUGCUUUCCAGGCCGCCAUGAGCCAGAUUUACUCAUUCAAACCUACCCAGGUUGGUAUCUCGGGUAUCUUCAUCGUCCUCAUCGCCUACUUUCUUGGCUUGGCCUGGGCACUAUUCCUGCCCCGUGGUGAUCUGCUCGAAGUCAAGUGGCGUGAGAAAGGUGGCCAAGGAAAGCCACCCUUCUGGAUUCGAUUCUGGUUAUUCGUCAACGGCGGGCGAUGGAAUCUCAAAGAACACGCGGUUUGCGCCAUCACGGCCAACUCUGCCUCCAAUGCCUCUGCCAGUAUCACCGUCUUCACCGCACAGAAGCUCUUCUAUGACUUGCCCAUCAGUGCCACCACGGUUGUCCUUAGCACCAUGUCCAUCGGCUUAUUCGGAUACGGCUUGUGCGGUCUAUUCCGCCCCAUCUCGGUCUGGCACGUCGAGUCCGUCUACUGGGCCAACAUUCCCACUGUCAAGACUAUCCAGGGCCUCCACUGGCAAGAAACCAAAAGUUCCAAGCCCAUGCGAUACUUCUGGUACGCCUUUGGAACCAUGUUUGCUUACGAGUUCUUCCCAGCGUACAUCAUUCCUUGGCUCAACUCGGUUUCCAUCCCCUGCCUGGCUGCGAUGAAUGCAACAGGCGCAAAGGGGGCUAUCCUGACCAACCUCUUUGGUGGUGCCACCAACAAUGAAGGCCUCGGUCUCUUUUCCGUGUCCUUUGAUUGGCAAUACAUUACAACGGCUGCAACUUCGCUUCCCCUUAAAAUGCAGGUCCAUUCUGCUGUCGGCUUCCUCAUCUGCUUUCUUGCCAUGCUUGGCAUCUACUACAAUGAUGUAUGGGGUUCACGUUCCCAACCCUUCAUGUCAACACGCCUUCGUGCGGAAGGCGGCGGGGCUUACCCUGUCGGCAAAGUAUUUGUCGGCGGUGUCCUCGAUGAGGUCGCUUUUAAAAAGGCCGGAGUGCCUCGUUUGACAGGCUCAUUUGCGUACGCUAUGCUGAUGGCCAAUGCCGGUAUUGGUGCUCUCAUCGCACAUGUUAUCCUUUUCUGGGGUAAGGAUGUUGUCAAGUCUUUCAAGAGCGCUCGAGAGGGCCGCUUUGACGACAGACACCACGCCCACAUGGCUAAAAAGUACAAGGAGGCUCCAUGGUGGUGGUAUGGCAUUGUUCUGGUGGGCAGCUUUGUCAUUGGUCUCGCAGUCGUCCUCAAGGAAAACAUUACUCUCCCAGCCUGGGCCUAUGUUGUCUCCAUCAUCCUUGGUGCCGUCAUUGCACCCUUUAGUGUUCUCCUCCUUGCACGAUUUGGCAACGGCAUCGCCACCAACAACUUGUCUAAGAUGAUUGCUGGCCUGAUGCUUCCUGGCCGUCCCAUUGGUAAUAUGUACUUUGCUGCGUGGUCCCACAGCAUGAUUGCCAACUGUGUCAACCUAUCGAGCGAUCUUAAGAUGGGCGAGUACCUCAAAGUCCCUCCUAGAGUCAUGUUCCUGACUCAGCUGUAUGGAACGGCUCUUGGUGCUAUUGUCAACUACGUUGUUAUGAUUUCGAUCGUGGCCUCCCAACGCACUCUCUUGGUUGACAAGAAUGGCAAUGCCUCCUGGAGUGGUGCAACUUUGCAGUCAUACAACACCAACGCCACAUCGUGGGCUCUAGCCAAGUACUUGUAUACCACCGGAGCAAGAUAUGCCAUUGUACCCUUGGGUCUUGUGAUUGGUGCCGGAAUCGUCGUCUUCCAACGUAUUUUGACCAUUUUCGUCCCAAAGAUUCGCAACUUCAAAAUCGCCGACAUCAACACCGCUCAGCUGCUCCAGUAUGCAGGUUUCAUCCCCUACAACCAGUCUCAAACUUGCGUGAUCUUUAGUCAAAUCAUUGCGGGCUUCUACGUCCAGUUUUACCUGCGAAACUACCGCCCCAGAAUCUUCAAGGACUACUCAUACCUUGUUACUGCUGCUUGGGACGGUGCAGCUUUGACCACUCUCUUUAUUCUGUCCUUUUCCGUCUUUGGCGCUGGUGGCAAUAGCUCUCCAUUCCCGGUUUGGUGGGGUAAUUGGGGUGGUGACAGCGGUCCCGGAAACUAUGAUCAUUGCCCUGUGGUGGAAUAAUUGUAACCAUUUCCGUGCGUGGUUGUUGUUGCAUGUGCAAAGUUUGUCAAUAGCAUAUUGGUUUUAGCAUAGUAUCGUAUAUAUAUUAUAUUAUUCGUUAGGAUUUCAUAAAGUUUAGGAGAGUGUCAUUUCGGAUGCCUUAAAGGGUCCAGACUCUGCCAGGAGGACCGGAAGGUCUUCUUGAUGGAAGGAGUCACUGAUGCCCAGUUGCUGAGCCUUCCAGCCCAUAGCACGUAGACGAUCACCACGGUUUCUGGAGUUGCAGCCGACGACAUCAGGUGUGUGCCCCCUGAAGAGGUCUCCAAAGUUUGCCUCGGGAAUAGCGACUGUCUCAGCAGUGUCGAUCUUGCCGGCGGCGUGAAGUCCCUUGCCAAUAAAGCUGGCAAUUUCACCCCAGGUUGUCUCGCCACUCUCGCAGAAGAAGUACGGGUUUUGCAGCUCGGGGUCGCUGUCAGAGGCGGUUUCCAGCCAGUGCACGACCUGAACAUAUGCCUGCGAGUUGAUGUCAGUUGAAAAUAGUAACUAUGAGCCUUCUUUUUAAGAAAACAGAAACGUACCCUAGCGAGAUCAAGAACGUGAACAACAGACCACGUCUUCUUACCAGUGCCAACGUAACCAGCCUGCUUGUGUUUCAGAGCGUAGCGGGUCAAAGCCGGGAUCUGAAUCGAGAGACGGCCAUACUUGGGGUUGUUGCCGUAGAUGAUUGGGGGCAUCCAGACAAAGAUCUUGGCCUUGUUACCAAGCUUGUUUCUCGCAUCUACAAUGGCUGUACGAGAUGUCGUGUUAGCAAGGAUGGUUGGUCGUGUAAGUAAACGGCUUAGGGUUGUUUAUUUACCAAGAUCGAUUUGACGAUGAGGCGCAGUAUUAGAGAGACUGUCAACCUGGGCAGCCGUCUUAUCAGAGUAAAUAUCGUUGUUUACGUUGUUGCCGGGGCUGGUGUCGCUGAGAACACUAGCACCGCUCUGGUGCAGGUAGAUGGUGUGCUUGCCGGCAUCAGCACGGUUCUGGAUGCCCUUCAAGAUGGCCUGGACCGAGGCCAAGUGGUCAGCAGUAGCAGUGUGGAAGACAAUGUCGCUUUCGGCAGAGUGCUUCUCAAUCACGUUGGAGUCGUUGAGAUCGCCGAGCACAGCCUUGACACCUAUGUAAAGCUCUGGUUAGAUUGGUCUGUCUACAAAGCAUCGGACACACCAUACCAUCUUGCUGGAACUCCUUGGCAGCAGCCUCACGGCGGACAAGAGUGGUGAUAUCGUAUUUUCCCUCAGCACGGAGGAGAUCGAUGAUUUCACGGCCAACAUAGCCAGGGCCAACGACGAAGACUUUGGAGGUAGCCAUUGUUGGGUUUCAAGAUGAAGUGGAAGAAAGUAUGAAGAUGAUCAAUUGAAUGGUGAGAUGUUCUACGAGACGAUGAGAUGGACGGGAUUCGUGCCUUCUUGUAUCAUGCAACCCAAGCUGCAGUAAAUUUUUUAAUUGCCUUUUCCUAUUGAUGGUGCAGUGCGUUGGCUAUGCAGAGCUUUGGUGGGGUGAAACCAAGGUGAGGGAGCUUCCCCUCAAUUUGUAAGCUAUCAAGCUUAAUAAUGACGAAACCACAGCGGACUUGCCGAAUGGGGCAACCACACAUGUUCUACGUGCCAUCACCGGAUGACGGGCCGAUACUGCGGGACCGUGCACGAUAAAAAUAAGAAAAAAUGAGAUCAGGGCGAAAAGUUUUGCAGAGAUAAGCGUUUUUCCCGUCAAUCACAUCAUCGUCAUGGGCAUCACUUAGCCGCGCUGGACGCAACUGGGAUACACAGUGAGCUUCACUUGCCGAUUGCUUUGAAAUACCAACAGAUGAUUGCAAUUUGAGUUGAUCAAUGCGCAGAAAUCUCUGCAUAAAUUAUUAAUGCAAUAGAACUGUUUAGUAUCUAUCCAAGAUAGCUCAAAUGUAACCUGUAUACCAUUGUUGUUAGCUGCCAGACCAUUAACACACGCUUGUUUUGACUACUACUUACCAAUCUUUUGCACCCGUAACGGUAUCGUCCAUCAAUUGCACUUUAGCUGCAGCUGCCGCCUGCGGAAAGUUCAAAUCAGAUCCCAUCUUAUCCAAAUGCGCGCCAAUCAGCGCUCUGACAGGCUCUGGACACGCGGUACAGCUGAGCGUCACGCUAAGCGGCCAAAACAAGACUCUAGCAGACGGGGCAAACUUGCCACCCUUGUCCUUGUGCUCCAAAUACAUUGGUAUAGUUUGUAUCACAUCUCUUGUAAUCUGCAUAAUGUUGUUGGCUGCUGUCGCCUGCAAGUCUCCCAGCCCAAACUCGAAGAGCGGCAUGUACCCAGCCAUUUCGGCCUCAACUGCCGCAGCACCUUGCGAAAUAAAAUCAUUCAAAAAGAGCCGCAUCAUGCGAACUGAGUUGUUGUAUUUUGCGAUUCUUCGAUUGGCAAAGGCAUGAUUCAUGAAAUCCUUGUACUGUACAAGUGGAACAGUGCCGUCAGCGUCUGGUGUGAGCGGCAUGCCCUCAUGCAGUGCCGACGCAAAAGUGCCCAGCUCUGUAUCCAUUUCCAGCGCCUGUAGUACAAGUUCAGGGGUUCUCCCUAAUGCAGCUUUGCAGCGAAUGGCCACGACUUGGUCCAACAUGGGAACUAGCUUAGCAAGAGGUCUGCUGUCAUUACCGUCGGCCGCCAGGGGCUCCAAGUCUAUUAAUUCUUUGGGUACAGGUUUCGCUUUCUGCAGACAACUUAUGCGAAUGUUGUAGGAUGCAUGGAUAAAUAGCUGCCUUGCGAGCUGCAGGUUCUCGGGUUUCGUCUUGUUCCGAAGCCGUAGGAGCUGUAAUGUUCCGAAUGUGUGACUUGUCCAAUUGUUCAGUGACGAAUCGCCUUGGAAGGCCACCGACUCGAACAAACCUAGCAACAAGACUGCUGCCAGUGUUUUAUCGAGGAUGGCUGUGUCGGAGUUGGCGAUGGCUGCGUUGGUUUGCGCCAAAGCCUUGGAGUAAGUAUUCCUUGCGUGCAUAGCGUAUUUGGGACUCCGUAUGCGAUGAGCAAAUGUGGCAAUUGCUACAGCUUCUGUGGCGAGUCGCAGACAGUCCUUCUCAUAGCGUGACUGGGCAUAUAAAUCGGGCAGAUAGGACUCGAAGAUGGAAGAGUUGAUGUAAGACGUCAUGAAAAAAGCCAUGGCGCAGUCUUUGGUAAGCUGAGAUAGACAAAUCAUGGGAUAUAGAGCCGCUGUUGAUUCCUCAUAGAUGAUUUUUUUGGCUGGUACCUUUGCAAUCUGGUGCUUUGUUGGUAUCCUGUUGGAUUUGCACACAGCUUCGCUUACGCGGAUCGUCUCAUCUCUGAUGCGCAGCUUGGACAAGUCCCGAUAUCCCGGGCAAGGGAGGCCCUUUCGGGCACAUUGGCUGCAUCCUGGUUUUACUAAGUCGCACUAUAUGCGUGUCAGUGACAUCAUUUGAUGCAGCAGUCAGUGCCGACUCACCUUGCGCCGCUUCGCCCGGCACUCCUCGCAGGCCUUGGAAAGUCGACCGCUGAACACCAUGUCAAAGCUCAAAUAGGUGAGUCUUUGUUUCUGGUAGAUUUGUAGAUGAAGAUGAAGAAAGAAAAAGGAAACAUGGAUGCGAGUGCGCCACGGAAAAGUAUAGGGCUGAUAUCAGCCUUUACGGGCUCUGGCACUAGAUUACCAUGAAUCCCCCAGCCAGGGCUGAGCCGCGUCACAGGAGGAUGCUUUGUCGAAAUGCUCCCCCAAAAGGGGUUUAGCGCCCUCGGAGAGCCACGGGAGACACCAACGGAAGCCCCGUCGUU